UGGAGCAAAAAUGUAUGGGGCUUUCUGGUGUUCUCACUGCCAGGAACAAAAAGAGAUGUUUGGACGAGAAGCAUCAAAGCUACUAGACUACGUGGAAUGCUUUCCUGAUGGAGUCAAGAAAGGAAUUUAUAUGGCCAAUGCAUGUCAAGAAGCAAAACUUGAAGGGUUCCCUACAUGGGUUAUCAAUGGGGAGGUGCUGAGCGGAGAGAAGAAGCUUUCGGAGCUGGCUGAACUGUCUGGUUUCACUAUGAAAGAAAUCACUGAGGCUAAAUGAGCUUUCUUGACCAACACAACCACAUAUUCUUAGGGUAUCAAAGUUUAUGACUUUAUUAUUGCCCGAUGGUAUUUAUUUUGUUUCAUACUGUAAUUAUCUUAGUAUAUUGUAAACUGAAUAGAUAGCGUCAUAAAUGAAUCCGAGUGGAUUUUCUUCUGAGUAUGUAUAUCAAACUCUAUUACCCGCAAAUAUUUGAAUUUUGUGGUCCUGUUUUCUGCUAA